AUGGAGCCCCCGACUCCUCCCUUCGACUUCCCCCGCGAAUACUACUUCCCCGCCUUCUUUACCCGCCAAGUAAACCUGACCUCCCUACGCGCACAGCACGAAAAAUGGUCCUCUCUAAUCCUAUCCUACUGCGCACACCACCGACUCUUCAAGCUGUCUUUAUCCUCCCCCGCGACCGAAGACCUGUUCCACAACCGCAAGCUGAACAAGCGACUCAGCACUGCCGACGCGCGCGAGGUGCUCGACUUUAUGCGUAAGGACGGGCUCGUCGAAGAUGUGGGAGGCGGGAGCAGCGGCGGAAAGUCGGGUGAGGCGGGGGGAGAUGUCGUUUGGGUUUAUUGGAAGACGCCGGAGGAGUGGGCGCGCGCUCUAGAGGAGUGGGUUGAUGAGACGGCGCAGAAGGGGACGGUGUUGACGUUGUAUGAAUUGACUGAGGGAGAGGGGACGAGGGGUACGGAAUUCCACGGCAUGGAUCCGGAAAUGAUGCAAAAAGCGCUGCAAGUCCUCGUCAAUCGGGGCAAGGCGCAAAUAUUCGGACAGGAAGACCAACAAGGCGUCAAGUUCUUCUAG